GCGCUCGAAGGAGCUCUCGUUCGCACGGCGAACGUACAGGAAGAAGCGUGCAAGAAUACGCGCGUGCUUUCCCGCCAGUCAGAAAAGAUAAAAAACAGAGAGAGAAAAAAGAAAGAGAGAGAGAGAGAGAGAGAGAGCGGAGGAGAGAAAGAGAGAGCCACGUGCCGAAAAUAAUUUUCCUCUUCCGGAAAUCUCGAGCGAGCGGGAGAGCGUGCGCGCGUGUACGCGCGCGCGAUCCGAUCGCGCGAGAGAGAUGCGACGAUGCGACCGGUUACGCACCGCGAGGAUAGUUCGGCGUAGCGCAGCUGCCGCUUGAAGAUGCCGGCGUACAAAUUGUCAAGGAGAACACGUUCAGAUUCCUCGGUGAAAUAAGCAGUCGCGGAUAUCGGUGGAGGGGGAGGGGCGGUAAAGCCGCUUAUUCGGGGCCGACGGACUCUCGCUCGGACUUCUAAACUCGCGCAUGGUGCCCACGGUAGAAUGAAACUUUUGCCACACCUGUUGCGUGACAGGUGUAUUUUUGACGGAUGCGCACGAUACACGACCGCCGCGUAUCGCCAAAUCGGUGCCUAUUCGACAAGAGGGACGAUCGUCGUCGGGUUCUCCUUCGAUUCGCAUCUUCUCAAAGUUUCGUUUCGUAACCGCGAUUUCGGGGUCGCGUGAAAUGCCGCCGGGCUGCGACGUCGCGCAGAAACUCGUUGAAGGAAGCGCUCCCUUAAGCUAACUGCGAAAUGCGCGCGCGAUGGCCGAACGAGAGAAGAUGGGCUCGCGGCACGGACAAACUUAUCGCGAGUUGUGAGAGGCGCUGAAGAGAGAACGGCAAGAUGGUGGACGUGUUCAAUACAAGCGACGUUCGGAAUAUCUGCCUGCUGCUGGAAGACAUGGAGGAUCCUCGAACGCCGGCUCUGAGAAGAGUCAGUUACGGUAUCGUGAUGCCAACCAUUUGUUGCCUCGGCAUCAUCGGCAACAUCCUGAAUCUCGUCGUUCUCACGAGGAGGAACAUGCGCGGCGCCGCUUACAUCUACAUGAGAGGUUACUCCGCGGCAGCGCUCCUCGCGAUUCUCUUCUGCAUCCCCUUUGCGCUCAGGGUGCUCAUUCACAAAGAGACGGGAGGAUGGAGCAGCUGGCCGCAGGCCUUCUAUCACGUUCACCUCGAGCUCUUCCUCGGCAACGGCUGCCUGGGGGUUGGAGUAAUGAUGCUUCUGGCAUUGACAGUGGAGCGUUACGUAAGCGUCUGUCAUCCCGGACAACACACGCGGCCACUCUGCGGACCCCCUCACCUAACAGUGGUGCUCAUCCCCUUGGCUACAUUUCUCGUUUAUCUGCCGAGCGUAUUUCGAGAUGAAAUUACGACCUGCCUGCUGGCGCCCGGCAGUCCCCUAAUCUACCAGAAGAGAGAGAAUCAGUCGUUUCUCAACUCGUGGUACUAUCAGGUGUACAAAGUGGUGUUGGAAAUAGUUUUUAAAGUGGCGCCGACGAUUUUACUCGCGGGAUUCAAUCUGAGGAUAAUGAUAGUGUACAGGAGAUCCUGCGAGCGACGUCGAAGAAUGACUUUAUCGAGAACUGUCAGCAACGACGAGGAUCCCAGAACUUUCGCCGAAGAGCGAAGGCUUAUCCUGCUUUUAGGAAGCACCAGUAUCCUGUUCCUAGUCUGCGUUAGUCCUAUGGUUAUCUUGAACGUCACUCUCAGCGAGAGCAACCUCAGCCACUAUCCUUACCAGGUGUUCCGAGCGCUGGCCAAUCUGCUGGAGGUGAUCUAUUACUCGAUCACGUUUUACAUCUAUUGCCUCUUUUCCGAGGAUUUUCGCAACACUCUAAUCCGCACUCUGCAAUGGCCGUGGGUCAAGAACGAGCAGGGCGGCAGGGGGCUGCCUAUGAAACGUUCUCCGAUACCAAGACCGACGACAACGACGACGACCCCGCCGACCACUGCGGUCGCAACCCCCGGACAUCUGGCUCGUGCUAGCGUUUAACGCGAAUUUUUUGCCGUCGAUCCCGCCGUCAGCCGUCGCUCGGUCGCUGACCAUCGAGCAAAAAGAGGCACGGAUCUAGCGCGUGAAAUCCGCGCACCGUGAAACUGUAAAUGUCGGGGCAAAUCAAUUGUAAGGGCGUGAACUCUGUAAAAUAGCCGAAUAUCCGAGGGAUGUAUGAAAAAAAAGAGACAAAAAAAACAGUAUCGAUCGCGCACGAAUGUCGAGUAGUCUCGCUUGCUCAGGCUCGUACCUGGCGACAGGGUGUAUGUGUGUGCAUGUAUGCGUGUAUAUAUGCACGAUGAUACGCGGAUUCUCGAAAAUCCCCGACGAUGUUGAACGCUCGUGCUCCUGCCUCUCUCGGAGGAGCGAGAUAAUUACAGCGGGGGAAAACAUCGAGCUACACGCGCCAUCAAUUUUCCGCGGGCGACUCUCCGCGAAUCUUCCGAUUCUUAUGAGCGCAUUCGCGAGCAAGUAUCCGAACUAUGUAUAUUCCGUGCGCUGGCGAACUCGAGAAUAGUUGCGCAGUACCUGCAGAGAUAGAGAGAGAGAGAGAGCCGCAUCCACGGAGCAACAUUCUUGCGUACUAGCGACUAAAGCCGGGCAUAUCUGUGUGUAGCUGCCACUAAAGUUCAACCUCCGAGUAUUCCGGGGAUCGAAUCGACCUAGCCAAUUAAACGGCUAAUAUACGAAUAUCUUCCUCGAACGCAUGUACGAAGGAACCAACGUAUGAACGUAGAGAUAAACGAAAGAUACGUGUUUCAUCUCAACCGGCGAUCGUGCAGACAUCAUCGCGAGCUUAGCUCACGCGAAUUAUCGCAACAAGUUCUCGAAACAACGACGGAAGUGCAUAAAGAGGCAAGGGAUUCCGUGUAAGCCGUCGCCGAGGAUCCCCAUGGGACUCUUUCGCGUUCUAAAGUACAAGUUGGGAAAGUUUCUCGCAGCAUACACCGGUGAUCGAAUUUGCGCUGAAAGCCGGAGAGAGAGAUGAGGAAAAGAUGCAGACGAGGAGAGAGAGAGAGAGAGAGAGAGAGAGAGAGAGAGAGAGAG